AUGGCUUUCUUUCCUCGAUUCACUGGUGACUUCUCACCCUUGUUCCAACUUCUGGACGACUACGAUGUUCACCGCUCCAGCCGCCCGAAAAACAGAAAGGUCACGCCUGUCCGCUCUUUCACCCCGAAAUUUGAUGUUUACGAGGUGAACGAUGUAUAUCACCUCGAUGGCGAACUGCCGGGGGUCGAGCCAAGCAACAUAGAAAUCGAGUUCUCCGAUCCACACACCCUUGUCAUCAAAGGUCGUGUAGAGAAGAACAAUGUGCCGACGCCUCUGGCGACGGCUCAAACUUCGGCCAUAAAGCCACACCAGCCAACGGUCGAAGAUGAGAAUGAAUCAGAAGACAAGGAAAUGGUUAGCUCCUCAGACAACAGUUCCGCGCAGUUGGACGCACAGGAGCAACCCGAGCCGGCCUGCAAAUACUGGGUUUCCGAGCGCCAGACUGGCGAAUUUUACCGCAUGUUCACCUUUCCCACGAGAGUCCAUCAGGAUGCAGUCAAAGCCAACCUGACAAACGGCAUCUUGUCCCUGCUGGUUCCAAAGGAGCCUGUUCCUCAAGUCAAGAAGAUUCGCCUCGAGUAA